CAGGUGGGCGCGCCCGCGGCGCCGGCCGCGGCGCCGCCGCGGAGCGGCGCGGAGGCCGCUCAGGCCCUCGGGGCCCUGCUGGGCCUCGAGCCCGAGGAGCUGCAGCUGCUGCUGGCCGGCCUGAGCAACGUGACGCGGCACCUGCCGGCCGAGGCCGACGGGGUGCGGGGCGCCCCCUGCGACACGCCCAGGAGCUGCGGCCAGGGCGCCCUGCUUCGCUGGUACGAGCAGCUGUGGGAGGCCGAGCUGCUGCCGCUGAGGCACCCCUGGGCGACGAACGUCCAGGACGAGCUGUUCGGGGUGGGCAUGAAGCUGCGCAGCGAGAACACAGGAUGGUCGCCCCGCGGCCACGAGCACACCUUCGAGCGGGUGCAGCUGGGCCGCUGGCUGCGACGCGCCUCGGAGCGCAUCCGGCCCGAGGAGGUGCCCGGGGAGCGGCGCUGCCUCGAGUGGGACUCCGCGCAGUACUCGCGCCACUUCUUCGCCCGGCACUGCAGCGUCAUGGACGUGCUCAACUACGCCGGCGACUUCGGCGUGGCGCCCCACGUGGCGCCAGGGGGGAGCGACGGGCAGCGGCGCUACGUGGUCGACAUCCACGACGCUGAGGGCACGAUCCCCGCCGGCUCAGUGGGCAUCGCGCUGUGCGGCCAGGUCUUCGAGCACCUCCGGCGGCCCCACGCUGCCAUCCGCCAGCUGUUCCGCGCGGUGGCCCCGGGCGGGU